GCUACUCCAUCGCGCCUUUUCGGGGUCUCCGCGCGAGAUGGGGAGAGGACCAAAGUUGAAAGUGGGGAGCCAGCCGUGGUGCCCGGUGUCUCCAGCUCCCCGGAGGCCAUUGGGGCUCUGCUCUCUUCUAGCUUGGAAGCGAGUUUCCCGCUGUGUCUGAAGACUCUCCAGCUGCUCUGAUGAUGGCUUAAGCAAGCUGCAUGCUGCUCCGUCUCCGUGCCAAGCCAGGAUCCCAGUCCUCCUUGGAGACCGGCUCCCAGCGGGAACGGCAGAGCAGGAAAUUGGUGCCCAGAUGGUUCCUUCAUGUGAAGUUGUUUUGGGCUGUGGGCUGACGGGAGAAUACUUGGUCACCAGGCCAACACACUGUCAGUCCCCGGAGGCAGGACAGCAUGGUGUGGAUUCAGAGGAGGAAGCUUUUGGCCUCGUGCCUGUGCGUGAUGGCUACUGUCUUUUUGCUUGUCACACUCCAGGUAGUGGUUGAGCUUGGGAAAUUUGAAAGGAAGAAGUUUAAAGAUUCUCAUUUGCAAGAUGAACGCAAAAAAGUGGAGGAAGAGCCUAAGCAUCUUCACCCAUUCCCUGAGAAAGAAGCACUAGCCUUGGGUGGGAAGAGCAAAGCAGAUGUUGGUGCUCAUCCCAUCAUGCUCUGGUGGUCUCCACUGACUGGGGAGACCGGCAGGCUGGGCCAGUGUGGGGCAGACACUUGCUUCUUCACCAUCAACCGGACCUUCCAGCACCAUCCCAUGACCAAAGCCUUCCUGUUCUAUGGGACUGACUUUAACAUAGACAGCUUACCUCUGCCUCGGAAAGCCCAUCACAGUUGGGCCCUUUUCCAUGAAGAGUCCCCCAAAAACAAUUAUAAGCUCUUCCACAAGCCAGUCAUCACACUGUUUAACCAUACAGCCACAUUCAGCAGGCAUUCCCACUUGCCACUGACUACCCAGUACUUGGAAGGUGUGGAAGUUCUCAAGUCACUCCAAUACCUAGUCCCUUUGAAAUCCAAAAACCACUUAAGGAAAAGACUUGCUCCGCUGGUCUAUAUACAGUCAGACUGUGACCCUCCCUCAGACAGGGACAGGUAUGUUCGAGAACUGAUGAUUCACAUUGAAGUUGAUUCCUAUGGUGAGUGUUUACGAAACAAAGAUCUCCCUCAGCAGCUGAAAAGUCCAGCAUCCAUGGAUGCUGAUGCCUUCUACAAGAUCAUCGCCCAGUAUAAGUUUAUCCUUGCUUUUGAGAAUGCCGUUUGUGAUGAUUACAUCACAGAGAAAUUCUGGAGACCACUGAAGCUGGGGGUCGUGCCUGUGUAUUACGGGUCCCCCAGCAUUGCAGACUGGCUUCCAACUAACAGAAGUGCUAUUCUCAUAUCAGAAUUCGCUCACCCCAAAGACCUGGCAAGUUUCAUUAGACAACUGGAUUAUGAUGACAGACUGUAUGAGGCCUACAUAGAAUGGAAGCUGAGGGGUGAGAUCUCGAACCAGCGACUUCUGACAGCUCUCAGGGAACGCGAGUGGGGAGUGCAAGACAUAAACCAGGACAACUACAUCGAUGCGUUUGAGUGUAUGGUAUGCAGCAAGGUGUGGGAAAACGUUAGGCUACAGGAACAGGGCUUGCCACCCAAGCAAUGGAAGGCUGACGUUACCCACCUGAGCUGCCCGGAGCCUGCCUUGUUUGCUUUCUCAUCUCCAGUUCCUCCGGCCCUGAGUGGGAGAUCUUUGCGAGAGAUGUGGAUCCCCAGCUUCCAGCAAUCCAAGAAAGAAGCCCAGGCACUAAGGUGGCUGGUUGAUAGGAAUCAAAACUUUUCAUCUCAAGAGUUUUGGGCCCUAGUAUUCAAGGCCUAAUUUUAAAAAGCACCAGAGUGACAGAAUGAGGUUAAUUUUUUGGUUGCCUUGAUAGUUGAAUGUAAUAAGUAUUCCAUUAAAUAUCCUUCAGGGUAAGAGCUAAUUACUGUUCUCACAAUGAACCCUGUCCAAUAAUAGGUGUGAAUUAUUCCUAGGAGCUCCCUCUAUGUAUUUGUACUAAAAACAUAGACUUUUUUAUGGACAUCGGUUGUCUUCAGUUUCCAUACUUGGACCCAUGUACUUGCUGCCUUCUGUGGAAAUUCACCUAAUGCCGAGUGUUUUCCUGCUCUGGAUCUGGCUGGGGGUUUGUCGUACUCACUUCCUUGUGAGCAGCUCAUUUGGCAAACCCAGUGUCUUGAUGCUGAGAAUGAAUGAAAUGUGUUAGAACUUGGCAAUGCGUGAUUCCACCUGUUGUUUUCCAGGGAUGUCAGACGUCUCUGCUCUCGGCAUUGCAGGUCAGGACACAUGAUGUCUCCCUUCCGCUCUACCCCUUCAGCUGCCCCCCAGCCUAUUUUAUAUUCACCUGGCCUAUGCCUCCUUCCAGCUCCCUCCAAAGGGGAAUGCCUUAACUCCUCCUUCUGUUUCUAUCAGUAAGAUGUUAGUAACUGUUCCUUACACUACGGAGGAGGGGAAGACUUGUGAGAUUGAGUGAGCAAUCACAUGUUUUAAUCAAGGUGAGAGACACGAAUGCCCUGGGGUAGUCCUUUGGGUUGAAGGUAAUUGUCUUUAGAAUCCUACACAGCCUGUUGUGCUGGGGCGUCACACAGCUGAUGAGCAUUUCCUGGUUUCCUAUCCUGUCAGAGAAUUCAGCAGUCUUGUCUGGUGUGUCUACCGUAGUUCCCUAAAAGCAAAGGGAAACAACACUGGCUUCCAGACCCUGAUAUGGUGAGGAGGCGUCUGGUUACACAUGAAGACUGCUGCUACCAGAAGUGUUGGCCUCUAUAUUCCUUUUUUUUUUUUGAGACAGGGUCUCCCUGUAGCCCAGCUGGCCUGGAACUCACUAUGUAGACCAGGCUGGCCUCCAACUCACAGAGAUCCACCUGCCUCUAUAUCCCAAGUGCUGGGACUAAGGGUGUGUGCCACCACGCCCCGCGGCCUCUAUAUUCUUUAUGUGGAAAGACAUAAGCAUUUACUCUCCAACUGUGGCAUCCACCACGGAAGAAAUGAGAGCUAAACUGGCACAUUCCUCUUGAGCGAGGCACAGCCACCUUGCUGUGGGGGAAGGUAUCUCUGGAAAGGCUCUUCCUAACCCCAGGUCUGCCGUUAACUCCAAUCUUGGACAAAUCUACCCCAUCUACGCUUGAGGUUUGGCUGGCUGGAUCUUGUGCAGGUAACCCCAGCUGCUGUGAGUUCAUGAGUGGGACAGCUGUGUCAUAUCCACAAGCUAGUGCUGCACAGCACUCUCCCCAUCCUCCAGCUCUUGCAUCCUUUCUGUCUCCUCUACUGUAAUGUUCCCUAAGCCUUGUCUGGGCGUGGUUGAUACAGAUGUCCCAUUUAGGGCCGAGCACUCGAUUUCUCAUUCUCAGCACUUUGUCCAGUUGUGUACCUCUCCAUUAACUGCUGCCCACUGCAGAAAGAUCCUUCUCUGAUCAAGGCUGGAGGCCGCCUAGGUCUGUGGGUAUAAACAAUGCUUCGACGGCACUUUGACAGCACAUUUCAUGCAGUCGUGUUCCAUCACAGUUAUUUUUGAAGAGUUUCAAAAGUUUAGACAAAAGUUUAAAACACAUCUAAAAUUUUAUCUGAAAUAAAAUCUUUGAUUAUGUAAUGCUCCCCAAAGCUGUGAAAGAUAGAGAAGAUGGUGUUCGAUGGGAUUAAAAAUGGAGUACCUUUCAGUGAAAAUAAAUGAGGGGUUUAUGGGACCCUGAAUCCACAGA